GUUUUUCUUUUUUCUUUCUUUCCAGUGGAAUCUAAUCCAGAAUUUUCUUCUCACUCCAUAUCUUAUCAAAUCUAAGUAACCAAUCUGACAGUGAAGACUCCCAGCCUCAAGUUUUCCUCUCUCAUUUUUCUCUCUCUCUGUACUUGUUUCUGGGUUUUUCUAGCUGUGAAGGAGCAUCAAUUCUUGAACAAAAAAGGAGGGGGAGAAGAAGAAGAAGAAGAAGAAGCGCCAUGGAAGGUCUUAGAGGAUGUUCCAUGGCGUCGUUUCGCAUUCCACAAGAAAACAAAACCCAGUUGACUAAAUCCAUCUUGUUGGGUUCUCAUUUUAACCAAGUACCCACGUCUUCAUUUCACAAAAACAGAUCAAAGCUCAAGGCUUUUACAGCCUUGUCAUCAUCCCCAGUUUCAACAGAGUUCUUGGACGGACUUGAGCCGGAACUUGUUGUGGCCGGUGAUGAAGAGAACUUUGAUUGGUACUCUCAGUGGUAUCCUAUUAUGCCCGUGUGUGAUUUGGACAAGAGGGUGCCCCAUGCAAAGAGGGUAUUGGGCAUUGAUGUGGUAGUAUGGUGGGAUAGGAAUGAGAAUGCAUGGAAGGUGUUCGAUGAUAGUUGUCCUCACAGAUUGGCUCCUUUGUCAGAGGGAAGGAUUGAUCAGUGGGGGAGGUUGCAGUGUGUGUAUCAUGGUUGGUGCUUUAAUGGCUCUGGCGACUGCAAGUUCAUCCCUCAAGCACCUCCAGAUGGGCCGCCGGUGCAUACUUCCAAGAAAGCAUGUGUGGCUGUUUAUCCUACUACUUUGCAGCAUGAUAUUCUAUGGUUUUGGCCUAACACUGAUCCUCAAUACAAAGAUAUUAUCACAAAGAAAAAGCCCCCAUACAUCCCAGAACUAGAUGACCCCUCGUUUACUAAGAUGAUGAAUAAUAGAGAUCUCCCUUAUGGGUAUGAUGUAUUGAUUGAAAAUCUUAUGGACCCUGCUCAUGUCCCAUAUACACAUUACGGACUAAUGAAUUUUCCUAAACCUAAAGAGAAGGCUGACAGAGAAGGCGGCCAACCACUUGAAAUAAGUGUUAAGAAACUAGGUGUGAAUGGUUUCAUAGCAAAGCAGGGUUGGGGCUCUGCAAAGUUUACGGCACCUUGUGUCUAUCAUGUUUCUUCUGACCCUUUUCCAGACAAAGAAAAUGGUUCUGUAACAUCGGAUGGAGUUGAAAAGGUACCACCAGCAAAACGGAGAAUAUCUUUAAUCUUUAUUUGUGUUCCAGUGAGUCCAGGUAAUAGCAGAUUGAUCUGGUGCUUUCCUAGAAACUUUUCGGUUUGGAUUGAGAAGAUAGUACCACGAUGGCUGUUUCAUAUUAGAAGUAACCUGGUGCUGGAUUCAGAUUUGUAUCUUCUUCAUGUUGAGGAACGUAAGAUAAGGGAAGUAGGCCUUGCCAAUUGGCAGAAAGCUUGCUUUUUACCAACAAAGUCAGAUGCCAUGGUGGUUGGUUUCAGAAGGUGGUUCAACAAGUAUUCAGGCAGUCAAGUUGAUUGGAGAGGCAAAUUCGGUGGAGAUCUCCCACCGACGCCUGUCAGAGAACAGUUGAUGGACAGAUACUGGUCCCAUGUGGUGAAUUGUAGCAGUUGCCGUGCUGCGUACAAGGUCCUCAACAUACUCGAGGUCAUGUUGCAGGUCUUCUCCAUUGUUUCAAUAGGGAUUGUUGCUGCAUCGAAGCAGAGUCUGAUGUCUGCAGCUGCAAGAACCACAGUUGUCUCGGUGGCAGUAAUAUCUUUUGCGGCUUCCAGAUGGUUGGCGCAUUUCAUCUACAGAACUUUUCGUUAUCAUGACUACAACCAUGCCCUUAUCUGAGAUUGUGUUUAACCAGCCACUUGGAACUGAAAUUACAGUUCCAGGAGGCGUAAAUAUGACAAAAUGGUUAUCCGAGGUAUAUACAUCAAUGUAAUUCACAAGUACCAAAGUAAAUAGAGGUUUCUUCUCAGAA